CGGAUGGCAGGAUGGCACGACGGCCGGGUGGAGCGGUGAAGCUCGACCAUAAUAUGGUGGGGUGUUGCGUUGAAGCCCAACCACCGAAUGGGAGGAUGUCGGGAUGGGAGGAUGGUCGGAUGGUCGGGUGGUGGGAUGGCAGGAUGGCAGGAUGGGUGUAUGGCGGAAUGGCAAGAUCGGAGGAUGGUCGGGCCGCAGGAUGGCUGGAUGGCAGGGUUGCAGGAUGCCAGGAUGGCACGACGGUUAGGUGGAGCGCUGAAGCUCGACCAUCGUAUGGUGGGGUGUCGCGUCGAAGCCCGACAAUCGGAUGGGAGGAUGGCAGGAUGGGAGGAUGGGAGGAUGGUUGGAUGGUCGGGUGGUGGGAUGGCAGGAUGGCGGACUGGCAAGAUCGGAGGAUGGUCGGGUGGCAGGAUGACAAGGUUGCAGGAUGCCAGGAUGGUACGACGGUCAGGUGGAGUGGUGAACCUCGACCAUCGUAUGGUGGGGUGUCGCUUUGAAGCCCGACCAUCGGAUGGUCGGAUGGUCGGAUGGUGGGAUGGCAAGAUGGGAGGAUGGCAGGAUGGCGGAAUGGCAAGAUCGGAGAAUGAUCGGGCGGCAGGAUGGCAGGAUGGCAGGGUUGAAGGAUGCAGGGAUGGCACGACGGUCGGGUGGAGCGGUGAAGCUCGACCAUCGUAUGGUGGAGUGUCGCGUCGAAGCUCGUCCAUCGGAUGGUGGGGUGUCGCGACUGUAGGAUGGUCGGGCGCUCGGAUGGCAGGACGGUCGGGUGGUCGGAUGGCAGGAUGGUCGGUUGGUCCGGAUGGCAGGAUGGCACGACGGCCGGGCGGGGCAGUGAAGCUCGACCACCGUAUGGUGGGGUGUCGCGUUGAAGCCCGACCAUCGGAUGGGAGGAUGGCAGGAUGGGAGGAUGGGAGGAUGGGAGGAUGGUCGGGUGGUGUGAUGGCUGGAUGGUCGGCUGGCAGGAUGGCGGGACGGGCAGGGUUCUGCUGGGGUCGGGCUCCCCGGGUGGUCGGAUGGUGUGGUGGGCGGAGGGUCGGGUGGUGGGAUGGCGGGAUGGAAGGAUGGCUAAAAGACAGGAAGGCAGGAUGGUUGAGCGCUCGGAUGGGAGGACGGUGGGGUGGUCUGGUGGCAAGACGGCCGGUUGGUCCGGAUGGCAGGAUGGCACGACGGUCAGGUGGAGCGGUGAAGCUCGACCAUCGUAUGGUGGGGUGUCGCGUUGAAGCCCGACCAUCGGAUGGGAGGAUGGAAGAAUGGGAGGACGGUCGGAUGGUCGGGUGGUGGGAUGGCAGGUUGGGAGAAUGGCAAGAUGGCAGAAUGGCAAGAUCGGAGGAUGGUCGGGCGGCAGGAUGGCAGGAUGGAAGGGUUGCAGGAUGCAAGGAUGGCACGACGGUCGGGUGGAGCGGUGAAGCUCGACCAUCGUAUGGUGGAGUGUCGCGUCGAAGCUCGACCAUCGGAUGGUGGGGUGUCCCGUUGAAGCCCCGCCAUCGGAUAGUAGGGUGUCGCGUUGAAGCCCGACAUCGGAUGGCACGGCACGGAGAUAGGGUGAUGUUUGGAUGGCAGGACUGCAGGACGGUAGGGUGCUCGGAUGGCAGGACUGCAGGACGGAUGGUAGGGCGCUCGGAUGGCAGGACGAUGAGGCGGUCGGAUGGCAUGAUGGUCGGUUGGUCUGGUGACGGGCAAGGGUGUCGCUCCACCAUCGUAUGGUGGGGUGUCGCGUUGAAGCCCGACCAUCGGAUGGGAGGAUGGCAGGAUGGGAGGAUGGGAGGAUGGGAGGAUGGUCGGGUGGUGGGAUGGCUGGAAGGUCGGCUGGCAGGAUGGCGGGACGGGCAGAGGGUCGGGUGGUGGGAUGGCGGGAUGGAAGGAUGGCAAAAUGGAAGGAAGGCAGGAUGGUCGGGCGCUCGGAUGGGAGGACGGUGGGGUGGUCGGAUGGNUGGCGGGAUGGAAGGAUGGCAAAAUGGAAGGAAGGCAGGAUGGUCGGGCGCUCGGAUGGGAGGACGGUGGGGUGGUCGGAUGGCAGGACGGUCGGUUGGUCUGGAUGGCAGGAUGGCACAACGGUCGGGUGGAGCAGUGAAGCUCGACCAUCGUAUGGUGGGUUGUCACGUUGAAGCCCGACCAUCGGAUGGGAGGAUGGCAGGAUGGGAGGAUGGGAGGAUGGGAGGAUGGUCGAGUGGUGGGAUGGCAGGAUGGGAGGAUAGCAGGAUGGCGAAAUGGCAAGAUCGGAGGAUGGUUGGGUGGCGGGAUGGGAGGAUGGCACGACGGUCGGGUGGUGCGGUGAUGCUAGACCAUCGUAUGGUGCAGUGUCGCCCCGACCAUCGGAUGGGAGGAUGGCAAGAUGGGAGGAUGGGAGGAUGGGAGGAUGGGAGGAUGGUCGGGUGGUGGGAUGGUAGGAUGGGAGGAUGGCAGGAUGGCGGAAUGGCAAGAUCGGAGGAUGGUCGGGUGGCGGGAUGGCAGGAUGGCAGGAUGGAAGAGUUGCAGGAUGCCAGGAUGGCACAACGGUCAGGUGGAGCGGUGAAGCUCGACCAUCGUAUGGUGGGGUGUCGCGUUGAAUCCCGACCAUCGGAUGGGAGGAUGGCAGGAUGGAAGGAUGGGAGGAUGGUCGGUUGGUCGGGUGAUGGGAUGGCAGGAUGGGAGGAUGGCAAGAUGGCAGAAUGGCAAGAUCGGAGGAUGGUCGGGUGGCAGGAUGGCAGGAUGGCAGGGUCGCAGGAUGCCAGGAUGGCACGACGGUCAGGUGGAGCGGUGAAGCUCGACCAUCGUAUGGUGGGGUGUCGCGUUGGAGCCCGACCCUCGGAUAGGAGGAUGUCGGGAUGGUCGGAUGGUCGGAUGGUCGGGUGGUGGGAUGGCAGGAUCGGAGAAUGGCAGGAGGGGGGAAUGGCAAGAUCGGAGGAUGGUCGGGCGGCAGGAUGGCAGGAUGGUAGGGUUGCAGGAUGCGAGGAUGGCACGAGGGUCGGGUGGAGCGGUGAAGCUCGACCAUCAUAUGGUGGAGUGUCGCAUCGAAGCUCGACCAUCGGAUGGUGGGGUGUCGCAUUGAAGCCCCGCCAUCGGAUAGUAGGGUGUCGCGUUGAAGCCCGACCACCGGAUGGCGUGGCGCGACGAUAGGGUGAUGUUUGGAUGGCAGGACUGCAGGAUGGUAGGGCGCUCGGAUGGCAGGACUGCAGGAUGGUAGGGCACUCGGAUGGCAGGACAAUGUGGUGGUCGGAUGGCAUGAUGGUCGGUUGGUCCGGUAGAGGGCAGGCAGGAAGGUUGGAUGGUCGGGUGUUUGCAUGACACGACUGCAGGAUGGUCGGGCGCUCGGAUGGGAGGAUGGCAGGAUGGCGGAAUGGAAAGAUCGGAGGAUGGUCGGGCGGUAGGAUGGCAGGAUGGCAGGGUUGCAGGAUGGCAGGAUGGUCGCGUUUCGUGUUUGCAAUUGAUCGU